UCUCUACCUUGCCCCCGCGCCACCCCCACCCCCACCGCGUCCACCUCUCUUUUCUCCUGGUCUUCCUUUCGGGGCGGCGACGACUGGGCGAGCGGCGGCGCCCUUCGCCACGUCUUCGCCGGGCCCUUUGCCGCCGACGAGCACCCACCAGGUCAAUAUAUCAAAGACUUGGAAUGGCUGAAAAUUGGUUAGAACACGAAAAGCAUACUUCUACAGCAGCACCAUCUUCUGGUUUGGUUUCUAGACGUCAAAUUCCAUCGCCCAGAAGAUCAAGGCAACGGAACAUCUUUCAUUUAUUAACUCAACGAGAAGUCUCCCCUCGAACAAAACACCAAGCUAGAAGGAUAUGGAAUAAUUCUCCAAUAUGUGAUCCUGAUUUAAUUGAAUUAAGAUUUGCAGAUGCAGAUGCUAAACAUGGCAUUUUUUCUUGGGCAGAAUCGCAGUCCCUGCAUCGCUGGUCUGCCAAGUAUUGCCCUCUUUUGCCACCUCCUCGGUCAACCAUUGCAGCUGCUUUCAGUCCAGAUGGGAAAACACUUGUAUCCACGCAUGGUGAUCAUACGGUUAAAAUAAUUGACUGCCAUACUGGGAAAUGCUUGAAGGUUUUGAGUGGACAUCGACGCACUCCUUGGGUGGUCAGGUACCAUCCGUUAUAUUCUGAUAUCCUGGCUAGUGGAAGUUUGGAUCAUGAAGUUCGUCUAUGGGAUGCUAAUACCUCAGACUGUAUUGGAUCACAAGACUUCCAUCGGCCAAUUGCGUCCAUUGCAUUUCAUGCAAGAGGGGAGAUUCUGGCAGUUGCAUCAGGUCACAAAUUGUACAUAUGGAACUAUAAUAAGCGAGAUGAGUCUUCUGUCCCAGCCAUCAUCCUAAAAACCCGCCGUUCAUUGAGAGCUGUGCAUUUUCACCCGCAUGGGGCUCCAUAUCUUCUAACGGCAGAGGUUAAUAAUAUCGAGUCUGCAGACUCACCGCUGACUCUUUCAACAUCCUCUGGCUAUUCAAAUUAUCCUUCGGCCCUGUUUGUGACAAACACUAAUUCUAGAUUCUGUCCACAUCUUGAGUCCAACGUGCCGUCACCUUGCUUACUGUUGCCUGCAUACCUCAGAGAUGAUGGAAUUUUACAUGUGCUUGGCAAUGACAGUAGUUCAACCAGUGCGCAACAGAGAUCAUCGUUGGUUCAAGUUGCUACAUUAGAUACUGAAAAUCAACAGCCUGACCAGUUUGCUACCCUUAUGGAUGUAUGUCCUGGAGAGCCAACUGCAUCAAAUGACAUGGUGGAUGUAGUCCCUGUGCCUGCUUCAAAUGGAAUUGAAAUGCAUGGUGCUGAUGGGCAGUCCAACUCAAGAUUGCAGGGCAGCAGCUCUAUCAGUAAUUUUGAGAGGUUCGGUGCUAGAGAUGAUUUGCAUGUGUCUUCCCCGAGCAACACUGAGCCAAUUCCAUCAACAGCUGGGCUGUCAGGAUCCGAUGCCCGCCGUGCUAUGCCACUGAAUAUGCUCAUCACUGGUGGAUUAGAUGUUCAAAUGCUCCUAAGAAAUGUAGAAAGUGGACAACCGAAUCUCUUUGGUAACUCACGUAACUGGGAGUUGCCAUUUUUGCAGGGUUUUUUGAUGGCCCAAAACCAUACAGGUUUGCAUCCUGCACUUGUGAACAAUAAUGUCCUUGAAGACCUAUCUAUUGAUGGUACUGCAGGGACUAAUAACUUAACUAGAGAAUCACCGCACAUGCAUAACUUUGGACGUCCAGGUGCUUCAUCAUCAAUUCCCAUUACUGCUGGCAGUUCUAGAGGAUCAAAUCGACGUUAUGCCUCACGCUCUGUACCUGGUGUUGGGAGUUCACUCCUAGGUCCUCAAAUUGAUGAAGCUGAGGUUCAUGCUGCUUCACUGGGUGUUGGUUCAGAAAUCACUGCGCCGAUGUUUACUCCCGGUACUGAAUUGCCUUGUACAGUGAAGCUCAGAAUAUGGCGGCACAAUAUCAAGGAACCAUGCCGUUCUUUAGAACCGGAGGCAUGCCGCUUGACGAUUUCUCAUGCAGUUCUUUGCAGUGAAAUGGGUGCCCAUUUUUCUCCAUGUGGACGAUUUCUGGUAGCCUGUGUUGCAUGUUUGCUGCCUCAAACAGAAGGUGACCGUGGUAGCCAAUUGCCUGUGCCGUAUGAUUCUGCAGGGGCUGGAUCAUCACCAACUCGCCACCCACUUCCCUCUCACCGAGUUAUCUAUGAGCUUCGGGUGUAUUCGCUUGAGGAGGCGACAUUUGGGGAUAUUCUUGCUUCCAGAGCCAUAAGGGCAGCACAUUGCUUAACUUCCAUUCAGUUCUCACCUACAUCCGAACACAUACUUUUGGCAUAUGGUCGUCGUCAUGGCUCUCUCCUCAGGAGCAUAGUCAUGGAAGGAGACAAUGGGAUUCCUGUAUAUACUAUCUUGGAGGUAUAUAGAGUUUCAGAUAUGGAGCUUGUAAGGGUGCUUCCUAGUGCUGAAGAUGAAGUCAAUGUUGCAUGUUUUCAUCCUUCACCAGGAGGUGGUCUUGUUUAUGGGACUAAGGAAGGGAAGCUCAGGAUCCUCCAGCACAAUGGUGCAGACACGACAACCAUGGGGAUGGGUUGCUUUGUUGAGGAAAAUAUGCUUGAGGCAAUUGCGGAGCCCACGUCCACCAGUGCCCCUCCUGCAUAACGUGAGCAGGCUUGUAGCCUAUUUUACCUGAGCAGUUUUUCUGUAAAACUGGCUGGUUGAACCCAGUUCCAAUGGUUCAGUGGUGGUUCGAUUGCAUAUCGGUCUUUUACACGGACCGUACCGGCAGAGGCUCUGGUUCCCUGUUUUACCGGUCGGACUAUCUGGUCCAGUCCUAAUGAUUGUAAUCUGUGGGGGAAUAAAGGUAUGCAUUGAAGACAGCAUGGACACUUUUGUCCGUACGGAAAUACCGGAGCCUUCAUGUGGGGCCAAAAGCGUCAAAGGCAUACAAAAUGGCCAUAUCUCAGAUUCAGAGGUAUGCAUUGGAAGGCUGAAUGAAUAUUGAUCGCAUCAUGUGCUUUUAUGCUUACUUCCAUGGAAGUUUUCUCAGCAGGUUUCAUCUCUGUGAUUCCGUCCAAGGGAAAGCGUUAGGUCCAUCUCCAACUAGAUUAUGACAGAUAAUUCUCAAUGAGUUUGUUCGAGUGCCUUGGGGAUUGGUCUGUGCAGAGGCGGUAGGAGAUGUGUAAAUUUACAUGGCCAUCGGCGUAGCUGCCAUCACGGUGCUGUAAUUAUACCUUUGUACAUGUAUCCUACAGUCAGCUUAACUCAAUUGCUGUUGUAUUUCAGAAAAAAUGACGGUGCUGAUCCUUUUAAUGUGAAAGUGUUUUUUUUUGUUGUAUACUUUGCCUGUCCUUACAGGCACUCAAACGAUGCAAGGUGAAAUUACAUUGGCAAAGCUGCUGAGUUGUUUGGGUUUGUUUUUUC